UAUUAUCUUUCUAAAUUAACAAAUAUCAUGGAAAUUCAACUUUCGUCCUUUGUUAUUCCCUUUUUUCUCUUCUUAACACUACGUUUGCUUGCAAAAUAUUUCAAGCCAAAAACCUUAGAUUACAAAUUACCACCUGGUCCAAUGAAGUUACCACUCAUUGGUAACCUUCAUCAAAUAGCAGCAUUAGGAUCACUUCCACAUCGUGCUUUUAAGCAACUUGCUCAUAAAUAUGGACCUAUUGUCCACCUAAAACUUGGUGAAACUUCUGCUGUAGUUAUAUCCUCGCCAAAGUUAGCAAAAGAAAUAUUGAAAACCCAUGAUGUUAUUUUUGCUAAUAGGCCACACCUUCAAGCUUCUCAUAUUAUGACUUAUGGUUCAAAAGAUAUUGCAUUUUCUCCAUAUGGUGAUUAUUGGAGACAAAUGAGAAAAAUAUGUAUGUUAGAGCUUUUAAGUAAUAAAAGAGUUCAAUCAUUCUCUUAUAUUAGAGAAGAUGAGACGAGAAAUUUUAUAAAAUCAAUUCAGUCAUCAGAAGGGUCGUCAGUAAAUCUCACCAAUAGAAUUUUUUCGUUGGUGAGUUCUACUGUUUCUAGAUCGGCUUUUGGUGACAAAACGGAAGACCAAGAUGAAUUUGUGAGUGUGAUUAGAAAAGCAAUAGAAUCUGUUGGAGGACUUGAACCUGCUGAUUUGUUUCCUUCAAUGAAAUCUAUAAUACAAAUGCUAACUGGCACAAAAUCCAAAGUGUUGAAAAUGCACAAAAAAGCUGAUAAAAUAUUGGAAAUAAUUGUUAGAAAGCAUCAAGAGAAGCAAAGAAGAGCAAAAGAAGGGAAAGUUAGUAGUGAUGAGGUAGAGCAAGAAGAUCUUGUUGAUGUGCUUUUGAGAAUCCAAGAAAGUGGAAGCCUUGAAAUCCCAAUAACAACUAGCAACAUCAAAGCUGUGAUUUUUGAUGCAUUUGCUGCAGGAACCGACACCACAACAUCAACAAUAGUAUGGGCCAUGUCAGAACUGAUGAAAAACCCAAGUGUGAUGAACAAGGCACAAGCUGAAAUAAGAGAAGCAUGCAAAGGAAAAGAAAUUAUAUCUGAAAAUGAUAUUCAAGAACUUCCAUACCUAAAAUUAGUGAUAAAAGAGACCUUAAGGUUACACUCACCUACUCCUUUAUUACUCCCUAGAGAAUGCACUGAAUUAACCAACAUUGAUGGUUAUGAUAUACCAAAAAAGACUAAAGUCAUGAUUAAUGUAUGGGCUAUGGCAAGGGAUCCUCAAUAUUGGACUGAUGCUGAGAUGUUUAAUCCAGAGAGAUUUGAAGGUAGUUCUAUUGAUUUUAGAGGGAAUAAUUUUGAAUAUCUUCCUUUUGGAGCAGGUAGAAGAAUUUGCCCUGGCUUGCAAUUUGGUAUAGCUGGUAUUAUGCUUCCUGUGGCUUUAUUACUUUAUCAUUUUAAUUGGGAACUUCCUAAUAAGAUGAAACCUAUGGAUUUGGAUAUGACUGAACAUUAUGGAUUGGCUAUUGGAAAGAAAAGUGAUUUGUGUUUGAUUCCCACUGUUUAUGCCUGAUGUAUAAUUAUAUGAUCAUAUAAUUAAAUUUUAGUGUCUAUGUUUUAUAUUUUAAGUUGUACUUUAGAGAGUUAUGUGUCUUUUAAUUUUUGAAAUAAAAGUCAAACCUGAAUUGUUGUAUAAUAGAUGUUGAAAAUAAAUAAAUGCUAAAGCAUCCCAUUUAGGAAGAGAUUUGAUUGUGAAUAUGUUUGUAUCACAUGCU